AUGCACACCGUGCUACAUUUUAGAAUUUGGGGUGAAGACAGCUUUGUAGCUAUUUCUCUAUUUAUUUGUUAUUUAUUAAAUUUAUUCUGUUGGUAUAUCCAGAAACAUUGCAGAACCAGAUUUUUUUUUUUUUUGUGCAAGAGCUCUCUCGUCAAUUUCAUCUCGCAAAUGUCCUUGUGUGCACACAUCUCCCUGUUCUCCUGCUCCCUUCUGGGCCUCCUAUCUCUCUCUAUAUCAUCAUAUAUUCCUGACUCCAACCCACUCCUGCUCUUCAAUGAUCAAGUCAGAGAAAGACAUCUCUACACAGGUAUUAAGCUCACUUCUCUUCUGUCUUAUGCUCAUUCACUUAAAAAAAAAAAUAUAUUUCAGGUGUGUACUUAUCGAUCCUUCGGUUUAUGCUCGCGGUAUGUAGGCCAUCUUUUUUUCUUAGUAGUAAUAAUGACCCCAGAUGGAAAAGUGACAGGAAGCCCUGCUCAGACCUCUCACAAUGACAUUUGUAUUGGAUGUGUUUACUGUGUGUUCUCAGGUGUGUUGGAGAUGAGGUCAGUUCGAGAAGGUGAGACAGUUAUCAAGGGUGUGUCCUCAUCCCUUUUCCUCUGUGUGGACAGCAUUGGCCAGUUGAGGGGACAGAGCCACUACACAGAGGCUGACUGCACCUUCAGAGAGCUGCUGCUAGCUGAUGGAUACUCUCGUUUCUUCUCUUCACAUCACAAACUUUAUGUGUCCCUCACCUCAAAAGGCUCCACACCGCAACAUGGGCUCCCGUUCCAUCGGUUCCUACCCCUGAGAAACAUUUUGGUAUCUAGAAGUAUGACGAAUACAGCUGAAAAUCAACAACAGAAUCAGCAACAGCUUGACCUGGACUCAGAUAACCCUUUCGGCAGGAGUCUCACUGGUGUUGUCAGUCCACAGUUCUCCAGGGAUAAGUGAAGUUGAAAAUUGAGUUUUUUGAUGGAAGUAUACAAUGAACCCAAGUAUAUUUAUUUACAGGUAUACUGGAUUGUAUAACCAUGUUAAUUCCUAAAGUGAUUUUUUUUCACUUGUAGUAGAAACACUGUUACUUUUAUUGGCCCGUGGCAAAUGUUUUGGUUCGAAGAGUUCAGUAAGUAGAUGGUGAACUUUAGUUCCAUAACUCUAUGAUGGGACUGACUGGUGUGUAUAUGGUCUCACUUUGAAUGUCAUGUUGAAUAUGUUAUAUGCAGUAUAUUUCUCUCUAGUGUUUUGAAUUCAAGUUUGAAUCAUUGUACUGUAGCUAUAAUUUAUUUGCGUUAUUUAUAUUUUUAAACCUUUUGAAGCCUAAAUGCAACUUAGUCUCAGAUCAUUUCGCAUUAAUCUGUAUGUAAAUCCAAGACACACUUUUUAUUAUGAUCUGUUACAUUUCGUAUGAAUGUAGUACUUUGUGGAGGUCCAGCAUCCAUUUCGUAUUAUAUGUUACAAAUGACAAUUUGUAUGAUAUGAUACUAAUUUGCUAAACGUACAAUAUGUAACGCUUUUGCAAAAAUGUAUGAUAUGUUAUCAAUUCCAAUUGUUUGGUUGCCAACGUUAGCUAGGUGGCUAAGUGGCUAACACUAACAUUAGCUAGCUGGCUAAUGUUAGCUA